AUGAGUGUCUCGCGCAGACUUGGGUUCUUGCUGGCGCUGCUUGCUGUGGCGAAGGGCCAGACGAACUGGACACCUGUGACUGUCGGAAGUGCUGCUAGUGGAGGGGACAGCCCAGCCGGCUCCGGGGCUUGCGGGUACGGGACCCUGUCCGCUUCAAGCUGGCCGUAUGACGCCAUUGCCGUGGUCAACCCGGACAGCCCCUUCCUGGCCGGGUCCGCUCCCCAAGGGUGCGGCACCUGCCUGGAGAUCCAGUGUACAGACGAGGUGUGUGGCAGUGCCGCCGGCGCCUUCGUUGCGCUCGUGACCGACAACUGCGACGGCUGCGACCUCAGCCAGAUCUAUGUGUCCCCCACCGCGUAUGCCAAGAGCUUCAGUCCCAGCAUCGGCCUGGCAACAGGCCGUGCCACUGCGGUGCCCUGCGCCCCUCCCGGCGACAUUGUUGUGAGGAUCGACACCUUUAGGCCCACGCUGGGCGGUUACCUCCGGCUUGUGCUCCUGUCAGUGGCCGGUCAGGGCCCCAUCGACUCCGUCGAGCUGCGGACCAGCGGAUCCCAGGGAGACUGGGCUCCCCUGGCGAGGUCGUUCGGCGCGGCGUGGGACGCCUCAUCCCUGCCUUCCCUGCCCUUGGACAUUAGGAUCACCCGCGGCGGCGACACGCUGAUCGUCCAGAGCGCCAUCACCGAAGAGGGUCAGCUGGGCGACAUUCAGACCGGCGUGCAGUUUGGGGGCGCUUCCUCCGGACUUGUCAACGGCGUAAACAGCGUGCUGGACACCCCCGCCGUGGAGCCCUCGCCUGAGGAGGCGCUGGCCCUGCCCGGUCUGGAGCCCGGCCCUGAGUCUGCGGCCGCCGGCGUCAUCAGCCUGCUUCCCGGCGGCCAGGCCCCUGCUGCAGAGACUAACGUGGGCCUGGCGGUGCUGCUGGACGCGCCCGACGCGCAGGCGACGCUCCUGGUGCCCACCAACUCGGCGCUGGACGCGGCCAUCGCGGGCGGCAGCGUGCGCGACGCCGACACGCUGGCCGCGCUGCUCAACUCGGCGCCGGACCUGGCCAACCCGCUGGCCGCCUACCACGUGGUGAAGGGGCUGUGGCCCUCCUGGACCCUGGCCCCCGGCACGCGCCUGCCCACCUCCGCCACGCUGGACAAGGUCAACCUGCUCCAGCUCAACGUGACCGCCGGGCCCGUGAUCCGCGGCGUGGGCUCCUCCGCCAACGUGCUGCAGGCCGACCUGCUGGCCUGCGGGCCCUCCGUCAUCCACAUCAUUGACCAGGUGCUGCUGCCCUUCAACUUCGACCAGGCCUCCCUGGACGCCAUCACCGCCACCCAGGUCCCGGUGCCGCCGGCAGCCCCCUCCCCGGCCGUGACCCCGGCGGGGCGCAGGCUGAUGCGUGUGUGA